AUGGCGGACCCGUUCAAGCCCCGUACUAUGAAGCGCAAAAACGUCAAGGGCCUUGCGUUGAAUGGAGCUCCCAAACCCACAUCAAAACCAUCAGAACAAGAUGCCCAGGCCCCUGGGGCCGCGGGGAACGCAGAGCCCAGCCGCUCAGACACGCUGGAAAUCGGACUAGAGUUCAAGCUCGAUCUGCGAAGCGAGGACCUGAUCACGCUGAAGGAGGUUGGUGCCGGGAAUGGCGGGACUGUUGCAAAGGUGAUGCAUGCCACGACGAAAGUAGUCAUGGCACGGAAGAUCAUCCGGGUCGACGCCAAAGAAAAAGUCCGCAAGCAAAUCAUUCGAGAGCUACAGGUCGGCCAUGACUGCAACUCGCCCAAUAUCGUCACAUUCUACGGAGCAUUCCAGAACGAGUCCCGCGAUAUUACGCUGUGCAUGGAGUACAUGGACUGCGGAUCGCUUGACCGCAUAUCGAAAGAAUUCGGACCCGUGCGCAUCGACGUGCUGGGCAAAAUUACAGAAUCUAUCCUCGCCGGACUGGUAUAUCUCUACGAAGCCCACCGGAUCAUGCACCGCGACAUCAAGCCGUCGAAUGUGCUGGUCAACUCUCGCGGAAAUAUCAAGCUGUGCGACUUUGGCGUCGCCACCGAGACGGUGAAUUCGGUUGCGGACACGUUUGUCGGCACAUCCACAUACAUGGCACCCGAGCGUAUCCAGGGCGGAGCCUAUACUGUGCGGUCUGAUGUAUGGAGUGUUGGACUGACGGUGAUGGAGCUGGCGGUGGGACGCUUUCCGUUUGACUCGAGCGAGGCUGCGGCCGGUGACCGGGCGAGCGCUGGACCGAUGGGCAUUUUGGACUUGCUGCAGCAGAUUGUGCAUGAACCAGCACCGAAGCUGCCCAAGAGCGACGCAUUUCCUCCGAUUCUGCACGAUUUGGUGGCCAAGUGUUUGCUGAAGAGGCCGGACGAGCGGCCCACGCCGCGAGAGCUCUACGACAAAGACGCCUUUUUACAAGCAGCCAAACGGACUCCGGUGGACCUGCAGAAAUGGGCGCGCAAGAUGAUGCACGCACAGGACCGGCACUCGUACCUGGAACCCCCAGCCCCGGCGUCCCUGAAGCAGGCUACAUCGCGGAGCUCGUCGCCAGAUCCAGCACGAAGCACACCACGCACUGCCAUUUCGACAGCUCCAACACAACAUGCGCCUUCACACGGGACGCCGACGUUUGGCGAGAUUCCGCUGAGGAAUGAUAUCCCGUCGGCCAAACACCGCCAGCCUUCACCGCAACCGCCUAGUGUCUCUCAAUAUAGCCACGCUAGCCAACCCGGCCAUCAUCACACUCCCAUUUCCAACUCGCACAGCUCCCGACAAGCGCCGUUCCUCUCCCUCGAGCAUCUUUCUCUGGAAGGCGACGACUCGCGCGAACGUACACGGCCAAUGCGCAGCUACACGGGCGAGCCACGGUCAGCAGUCGACGCGCCCUCGCGACCACAUUUCCCGCGCACGCUGAGCUCGACACACCAAAGUGGACUGCAUACGGCGACUCUGCCCAUGGGCGCAGCAGCUCCGCCGCCGUCGGGGCCGUUGCCUGCGCCGCCAGCGUCAGCAGCUGGCGAGGCGUGGCGGAACCAGUACAGGACACAGAACAUGACAUGA